GACCAAGCACGGUCUGCGCACGCGCAGCCUCGCUUCCGGCCUGCCUUUGCCUUCUACUUCGACUUCGCCGUUGCUGUGUGGACGCCCGCGUUUUCUAUUGUUUCUCUCCCGGUGCCUCAGCUCCCGAGCUCCCCUUCUUUUAUGCGUUCUCCCUAAGCCCUGUGAUUUCCCUUUUUUGCUUACCGGGCCCUUCCUCCUCAGAUUGCGCCCGUUUCCCUGUGUCUCUUCCUGUCAUCCUACGGGCUGUGAUUUUCCCAGUCUCUGAUUUUUCGUUUUCUCUCGGACCCUCUCUCUCUUCGGACCCACUUUCUCCCCGUGCUUCUUCAUUCCCUGAUAGCUCGGCCCCUUCCGCCCUUCCUUCGCUACCCGGGACACCUCCAGUUUCUCUGAAUUUCUGGCUGGCUCCGCCUUUCUCUUUAAUAUCCCCCAAGAUUUCACCCCUUUAGGGGCGGCUGUGUGCAAUCGUCGCCUUCUCUGGGUGUCUCCGUGACCUUCGUCUCGCGCCAUCCCCUCCAUCUUCUCUGCCGUGGCCCUUUUUCUCUGUCGCCCCGCUCCGUGUCCUUUUCUCUUCCCCGCUCUGAGAUUGACUCCUCCUCCCUGAGAGCCCCGCCUUUGUGCCCCACUCCUCAUCUUCCUGUGCCUCCCUCUCUCUGCUGGUCCACUGUCUCCCUGCAAGGUUCCAUUCCACCCAGAGGGGUGGCUUCCCUCUAACUGCUCCAUGCUUCCCCCCCCACCACCCCCCCGCUUUGAGGAUUGAGGAUUUCAUUUCAGUCUUUUCUGGUUGAGUCUCCACUUACACUCAGCUUGUUGGGUCCUGUCGUUCUGCAUCUCAGGCUGACGUGUGCCAUCUUCUCUGAUUGGCCUAAUCCCCCCUCGCCCCCACCGUGAGAUCCUUUGUCAAACUUCAUUUCUCUUUCCUGUGUCCCCACUUUUCUGCGGGUCUUAGCACCUUUGCUGGCCACAGAUUUCUGGGUUACAGAGCAUGUGUGUCUGGGCAUUGCAGACAGAAAAGGGUGGCCAACGUGACCUCUAGCUGGACUGCUGGGCAGGGGAGCUGUCCUAGAUAAAAUUGGAAAGAAACAGUGACCCAGAGACAGGUGGACAAAGAAUUCGGGGACUGACAGAAACUGGGCUUGGGAUACAGACUGAAACUGGUUCCAGACUAACCUCUAGCACUCAGGACCCAGACCCAGGACCAUGGGACCCCAGCAUUUGAGACCCAUGCAGCUGUUCUGGCUCCUAGGGGCCAUCUCUACUCUGCCUCGGGCUGGAGCUCUUUUGUGCUAUGAAGCAACAUCGUCAAGGUUCAGAGCUAUUGCUUUCUAUAACUGGAAGUGGCUUCUGAUGAGGAACAUGGUGUGUAAGCUGAAAGAGGGCUGCGAGGAGACGCUAGUGUUCAUUGAGACAGGGACCUCAAGGGGAGUCGUGGGUUUUAAAGGCUGCAGCCCAUCUCCGUCUUAUCCUGCACAAGUCUCCUACCUUGUCUCCCCACCCGGAGUGUCCAUUGCCUCCUACAGUCGCGUCUGCCGGUCUUAUCUCUGCAACAACCUCACCAAUUUGGAGCCUUUUGUGAAACUCAAGGCCAGCGCUCCUAAGUCUGUCACAUCUGCAUCACAUAGUUGCCCAACUUGUGUGGGCGAGCACUUGAAGGAUUGCCUCCCUAAUUUUGUCACCACCAGUUCUUGCCCCUUGGCUGCCUCUACGUGUUACAGUUCCACCUUAAAACUUCAGGCAGGGUUUCUCAAUACCACCUUCCUCCUCAUGGGCUGUGCUCGUGAAUAUAACCAGCUCUUAGCAGAUUUUCAUCAUAUUGGGAGCAUCAAAGUGACUGAGGUCCUCAACAUCUUAGAGAAGUCUCAGAUUGUUGGUGCAGGAUCCUCCAGGCAAGGUCCUGCUUGGGGUGUCCUCUUAGGCCUCCUGUUUGUCUUCAGGGACUGACCAUCUAGCUGCCCCAGACAAACACCCAGACCCUUUCACAUAACAAAUAAAAUAGCAGAGUUCUCUU